AACCGUUUGACUGAUGUCCAAUCCACACUGUCUUGUGCGACGGAGGACGGCAGCGAUGGCGCGCCAGAAUCUGGAAAUCAGACAAGUGAGUGGGUUCCCCGGAGAAAAUCACUGGAAGCCAAUCUGGAAAAAUAUGCGAGCGCUGGUGAUCGGAGAGUAACCGAAUGGUGGGGUCUUCGUAUAUAUCACGAUUCACUUCACGUGACGCUUUACUCUGUUUCUUUCCCGCGGAAACCCUUUGAAGUUUGAACUUCCCUUUUUCCCUGCCUUACUCGUGGAAGCCCUAGCCAUGGCGGUCCAGGAAGAAGAUCGCCCGGACAUUCGUGAUUUGCCCGACGAGCCUUGGGAUUGGGAAGAAAUAUCUCGCAAUCUUCUUUACAACAUCGAUCAAGAGUUGGGGGAUGAGAGAUCUCCAUGGGGAAGAAAGAAGCACAGACUUCGUUGGUUGGGGAAGCCGAGAGCGAUUCCCCAAGUGAUCCUCAAGCUUCAGGACCACAAUUUCAGGGAAUCUGCUCUUCAAUUGCUUAGUUCUUUCCUUUUCGAGAAGAGGGAAGAGGACCCAGAGAAUUAUUACAGAGCGGGAUUGCUUCUGUUCCAUUCCUGCGGUACCAUGGCCAUUCUGAUACAGGAGGUUCUCUUGAUCUAUAGGAUGAUGGCUGAUGGAAGUCUAAAUGAGAGAGCAUGCAUGCGACUUAUCAAUGUCAUUAUUCUAUUCCAGUGCAUUGCAGCUAAUAGAGAAACUCGGCAAAAGCUCAUGAGCUCCUGCAUUGUCAACUUCUUGGUACCCUUAGUACCGUUCAUAUCCAGCCUGGAGGUGUAUGACAAUGUGAGAGCUGUUGCCUUGUCCGUGUUUGGCAUCUUAUGCCAGGCAAGAGAAUCUAGUGCUGUCCAAUGGGCUAUUGAAAAUGAGGUGGUCGAAGUAUGCUUGAUUAGCAUGGACACUGGAAACGAACUCACGAGAGUGAUUGGUCUGCACAUUGUUGAAUCCAUACUUCGGGUUGACUUUGGAAUAUCAUACAUAUUCAGUCCUGCAGCUGAUCAUCUGUUGAAUAAACUGAUGAGAACAUUGGAUAAUUUGGUAAAUCUGAUAGCUGUUGUGCACAACUUCUCUCCUCGAAUCCUAUUUCACACCAUCCGGUGCUAUGCUCGCUUAUGUCAUGAUGAAAGGGGACAUAAUCUUGUGAAGCAGUCACUCCCUGAAUCCAUCAUCAAGGGCACUUUUCAUGGAAACCUGAAGCUGCUUCUUCAGUUCACGAGAUUUUAUCAUUCAGAAAGAAUCAGGACUAACGGUGUCAAGUGUUUCCUGGAGCUGCUGCAUUUCGGGGGUUCAGGUGUUAUAUUGCAUAAUGUAGAAAACCGGUUCCUCAGAGAGAGAAAUUACCAGAUGUUUACCCGCAUCUUUUGUUGCGUGUACAAAAUCCUCUGUAAAUUGCAUUUUUGGUUGAAAUUCUUAGUAAGAUUUCGAAUUCUCAAAAGUGUCUUGACUUUUUCUUCUUUUUUUUCUACUUUCCUUGUUUUGCUGUCCAUGAUCACGUCUUGCAUAAGAUGACUCUGCAGGUUUCGCAGAUUUUGUUCUUUCUUUUGCAUCUGAUGAUUAGAUUAGGGAAACAACUUUCUGGUUUCUGGACCAUCAAUCCAGCCAGUAAGUCAUUUUUAUUGAUCUAUAAUUCGGUUUUACUUCCGGAGACACAGGUUAAAACUAAAUUAGGACAUGAACUGAUGAUGGAUAGAAAUUGUAUUACAAGCGCAAAUAAUCAACUGUUUGAACCGUCAAUAAUGCUCCUUGGUCUCAUUUUUAGAGAAAGAUUUUGGGAGGUAGGUUCAGAGGAAGGAAGAAGCAUUCACUCUUUAGCAUUCAGAAACUGCCGGAAUGAUGUCGACCGCAUCACUUUUCUAUAAUGGCCGGCACUCAUUCCUCUCACAUCACGUCAUCAAGACGAAAUCUUUCCUCCCCAGCAAGCAACAACCUUCCCAUUACUCCAUCGGAAGGUUCAAUCCUUAUGCGCAAACGGUAGAUCCAUUUUCUCAAGAAGGAAGAAGAAGAAG